GGACCGCCUCCGUCAUGAAAUUCGCGGGGACCGCUGCGCUCGUCUCUCUCCGCCGUAUUGGUGCCGCCGUGCUGGCGCUUCUCCUGAUUGGAUACGUCUGGCCCGGGGAGGCGGGACCCGUCAGUCAGCCGCUCAGCAAAGUUUUGAGGAGUCCGGCGACCUAUCAGGCCGCAGAGGAAGUCUCGCUGCAUGCUCAGCACUCUGAGACAGACGAGGAAUCCAACAUAAGACUGAAUGUUCCGGUCCACAGUGAUAUGGAUCACAUGAGCGUCUGCUGCCUCCACGCCAACAUCCUGGACUUCUAUGUGAACACCAUCUUCAAUCACCUUAGCGACCAAUAUCCCAGAUUGCACCAGCUGCACUCCGACCUCAGCAGAGCCAGCUUGGACCUGAAGGAACACGGAUGCAACUUGGUGCGCUACAGAGACCACCAGCACGUUGUGCAGUUUCGGAAUAAGCUGGCCAAGAUGGAACACGGGCGAGGCCUGAUCAAGGCGAUGAGUGAGAUGAACAUUCUCUUUGCGUAUCUGCACGACAGCUGUGUGAGCGCCACUCACUGAAGCACAAUUACAACCUUAUUUAUUGUCUUAUUGAACCUAUUUAUGAUUUUUACCAUGGAGAUGUACGUGACAGCAUUUGACAUCAAAUAAACUUGCUUCUUACAACAAAUAAAAAAAGACCUCCUGUCAUGUGUCACCUUUCGACGGCCAAUCAAAAGCCUCCAAAACAGGCGGCCGGCUUUUUAAAGGGCCGCUACGCACGCACGCACGCACGCACGAACGGCCCGUUGUUGAGUUGGCCGUAAGGUCGUCGGCGCCUACCCGGGGACGCGAUCACCACCACCCUUUGGUGGACGUCACCGGGGAGAGAUGUUGAAAGAGUUCUGUCUGGCCCUUUUGGCCCUGGGAUUCUAAAGGCAGAUGACUGGUACGGGUUACCCUGACCCUAACCCUGGUCUACCAUCCGCUGUCUCAGGUGUUGGAAGCGGUGCCCCAUCAUCAUUAUGCGUUGUUGGGACGAGCUGGUGUUGACCUUAACACGAGAUGCUGU